AUGCUGGAAAAGGCAGUUAAGAAAAACAAAGUUAAUAUAAGAAAUCUCUAUGUUCAGCUGCUAAACAAAGAGAGGGUUCAAUUUGCUAAUGUGGUUUGGAGCAAUCUGGCAAUUCCCAAGCACAGAUUUGUUUUAUGGCAAGCUACUUUGGGGAAUUUACUUACCAGAGACAAUCUGGUGCAUUGCCAUCUGAAGUUAGAUUCUGUCAUGUGUCCGACUUGUGAUUUGCAGCAGGAAAGUCAUUGCCAUCUGUAUUUUAAUUGCCAAUUCUCUCGGCAGGUUAGAGAUAGAGUUGCUGCGUGGCUGGGGAAUGAUGUUUGGCCAAUUCAGUUUGAAGAGUGGUCAUCUUGGAUGAUUGGGAAGCCUAAGGGUCUGAAGCAAAAGAUGGCAGCAACUGCAUUAGCAGCUUCAGUCUAUUUGAUUUGGUGGAAUAGAAACAGUUGCCUAUUCAAUUUUUGUUCUAUGACUGUUGAUAGGUUUGAUCAUUGGUUAAAGUUUUACUUGAAAGCUAGAAUUGCUAGACUUCCUAGGACUAAAUUGAAGAGCAAAGAUAUAGCUUUUAUUGAGAAAUUAAUACUCAUGUAA